GUUUCAUUUCCUCCCCUUUCUCUUUCUUUCCCCACACUUCCUUUCCUCUCAUUCUCAUUUCACAACCAAACAUGUCCUUAGAGGGUUUAUGAGCUAGCAAAUACCCUGCAGUGCACAAACCGCAAUCGGAACAGAAAAGGAAGCGCUCGAACGGCUGCUCCCUUCUCCUUCAUCGUCCGGCCGGCGAGUCUCCGGUGGUCCCCGCGACGUGCUCUGUUUCCGGCGACCUGAUCCCGCUCCAAUCCCUUUCUCCGGCGACCUGGGUAACUCCUAUCACUUCCCAUGAGGCUCUAUGAUCAAUUUACAGAGAUAUUAAAGAUUCAGAAGUUUCGAAGAAUUGUGUCUUAUACUGGGUUCUACUGCUUCGCUACGCUUAUCAGCUAUGCUUAUGUUAGCAAUACAACUAGGGCUGGGUACUCUAGAGCUGAUCAAUUCUAUGCAUCGUACCCGGCUGGAACUGAGCUUUUAACAGACACUACCAAGUUAUACAAAGCUGCUCUUGGAAACUGCUUUGAAGUUGAAGAGUGGGGUCCAUUUGAGUUCUGCGUUAUGGCAAAACAUUUUGAGCGUCAAGGGAAGGCACCAUAUGCAUAUCAUGCGCAAUACAUGGCGCAUCUCCUUUCUCAUGGACAAAUUGAUGGAAGUGGUUAAUGAAUAAAUGGAAAUUCUCGUUGUAUUUGAAGACUUGUAAGGCCAAAUGGGGGGGAGAUUGAGGUUUGAGUACUUGUAUGAUGAGAGGCUGUGAUUCACUGCAUCUGAUAUGAGUAAUGCUGUCAUUUUAUAUUUUGGUUGAGUUGUUUAUAAACCAUAUACAUACGGGAAACGAAACAAAUCCGUUGGCCAAUUACUCAGAUUAUGGAUUAGUUAUGUUUCUAUUCCAAUUAUCUGUAUGUUAAUUUGACUAUGGUCCAACUAUCAAUUUAUUUGAGCCAAUCAAAUCAUAACCUUUAA